GCCAUGUCCGCCGGCUCCGGGAGCGAGGCGGAGGAGCUGCCCGACAUGGACCUGCGGGGGUUGCAACUGGGCUACCCGCCGCCGCCAUCGGGCAAACGCCAGCCCCGCGGCGAGCUCUACCCUUCGGGGGACAACUCCUCGGCGGCGGAGGAGGAGGAAGAAGAGGAGGAGGAAGAAGAAGAGGAGGAGGAGGAAGGCGAGGGGCCGGCGGGCGGCAAGAGGAAGAGAGCGCGGGGUGGUGGCCCCGGGGGCAAGAAAGCGGCGUCGGGGCCGCGGGGGCCACCAGCGCCAACACCGACACCGACGGCGGCGGCGGCGUCGGAGGGGAAACAGUCGCAGCGCAACGCGGCCAACGCGCGGGAGCGGGCGCGGAUGCGGGUGUUGAGCAAGGCGUUCUCCCGGCUGAAGACCAGCCUGCCCUGGGUACCCCCCGACACCAAGCUCUCCAAGCUGGACACCCUGCGCCUGGCCUCCAGCUACAUCGCCCACCUCCGCCAGCUCCUCCAGGAGGACCGCUACGAGAACGGAUACGUCCAUCCCGUCAACCUGACUUGGCCAUUUGUGGUUUCAGGAAGACCUGACUCUGAUGCCAAAGAAGUUUCUACUGCCAGCAGAUUAUGUGGAACUACCGCAUAGUCAAAAGCUCUGAGGGGAAUUUAUUUAAAGCAGUAAAGAAGGGAGGAGGUGGAAAUUAAGAGUUUUUAUGAACUGACUGCAGCAGCUGAAGUCUCAGAUACGGAAAGGCCCUUCUUUGGCUUCAUCAUUCUUAUCACUGCCUGAGGACCUGUCGUUCCGAGGCUUUUAAACUAAUGGAAGAGGAAUAUAAUGAUAUAGAAUUAACAGCAUGGACCAAAAUACAACUCUACAAACUAACCCCAAACAGUGUUAUUUGUAUUCUAAAGGAAAGCAGUAUUUUAGAGUAGUUUGAAACUCAGAUAGAUUUAUAAUAUAUUUUGAUGGCUUUUGUAUUCGUCGAUCUGGUUUGCUGCAUCUAUGCAAUUAAGUAUAGUCAGACUUUUUUAUCUUUUUGGUCCUUUUUACCAGAGUUUUACAAAAAUGUGUAAGUGGCUACAUUCUGCAUUUAGGCCACUGUCCAUUGGGAUUCAACUAAUUCCUUUGGUUACAGCUUGAAGUGCCACAUGUAAGAAUGUCCCUUAAAAGGUGGCAGAGUUUCUGUCCCUUAAUCUGGAAGGGAAUUCUGUUUACCAUAAAGCCAGGGUGAAUGUGUUGUCAAGAAUGAGUUUAUAUGAUCCUGCGAAACAGCAAGAAUUCUCAAUGUUUUAAACAUUUUUUUUUAAUGUACUGUCACACUUCUCUUCGAAAAGUUUACCCUCAAAUGAGUUCUAGUGACAUUGCUUCACUGGUUCAAAUGCUGUAAUAAAUGAGGAUGCCAUCAAAUAA